AUGAUGGCCAAACCUUGGAACGAACACCGUGGGACAAUCACCAAGCUGUAUAUCCAAGAGGGGAGGACACUCGAAGACACACGCAACAUCAUGAGGAUACAGCAUAACUUCGAAGCAUCGAUUCGCUCCUAUCGGCAACACUUUGAUAUCUGGCAGAUUGGCAAGUACAACUGCAAGAAGCGCGACAAACGCCGUCGUCAAUCUCUCGGCAAAAACCUCCCUCCCUCUCCACCACAUUCUCCUUCAGACGUGCCAUACUAUGGAGAAGAUGGAAGCUCGCCCGUAUCUUCCUCUAGCAGCUCAACCAGCCGACGCUCCUCUGACCAGAGACCUCUGCCGGUCUUGAAGCAGCCUCAGAUGUACACAGCCUACUUCUACGACUAUGCUCGAUCUCAAGAAGAUCCGCAAAUCAAAGUUGAGAACAACGGUCGAGAACCAGUUUGGGAAAACAUUGAUGUUGGCGCGUUUCGCAAUUCGCAAGUUGUUGAUGGAGUGUUACCAUCAGGUGUGCCUAUCCAGCCUUACCCUGAGUCUGCAGGCUGGCCUGUUCGAGGAGCAAGAUCAUCGUACCUCGCAAGCCCUCCACAGACGUAUUGUCGAGCGCCUUUCCAGGAUCCAGUGUCACGCUACGUGCCUGAGACGACGCUGUAUUCCCGCGGCGGGGAAAUCAGAUCAGUCUUGCGUGCUCCAGAUCUCUCACCAGGAAAGGGCAAUGGGGGAGUAGGGCCUGUAUUCCAUGUGGUUGACCAUCAGAACGUUGCUCGAGACUAA